GGUGAUUGUUUCAUUGAUGAAAUAGGUUAUACAAUACAAGUCUAAUUGUUUAAAAAAAUAAUAAAAUAAUCCAAUUCGUCGGAAUUACAAAAGAAUAUUAUGAUUACGUGGAAAUAAUUCGUGUCUGUGCGACGCGUGUUAAUGUUCUGCUAAUCAAAGAAAACGUGGAUAAUGGCUGAAAAUGUUAUUCAGUGCGAUAACGAGUUUGUACAUUCCAUCAAAACACUACUCUGGGGUAAUACUAUAAAACAAGAUGUUUUUAAACGGUGGGCUCAAGGGUUCUAUUUCAGCCCAGAUGAACCUACAGCGUUGAUACAAGCAGAAGGUGGUCCGUGUGCAGUAAUAGCUCCUGUUCAAGCUUUUAUCUUAAAAGAAUUACUUUCUGAAAUCGACAUUUCAACAUGGAAAAGUAUAAAUUUGGAUACAUGUUACCAGCUAUUAGUACGAGCUUCAAUAGAAAUUUUAAAGCAAGCUGCAGGGGAGAAAGUUUCGAAGUUCUGUAUUGUGUUUAUGGAUUGUAAAUUAUCGAAUGAAGAAAAUAGAAAAAAAUGGAAGGAAAGCGUAUCAGAAGAGGCAAAUCGCGAAGAAGAGAUAAGCGCAGAAGAUAAUGGGGAUCAGGAAAAGAGUAAAGAAACAUUACUUUCGGAAGUGAAUCACGAAUGCAAAAGCAUUGAUUCUGAUUUUUUCCAUUCUCAAUUGAGGUUAUUCAUAACCAAUACAUCUGAGCAUGUAGAAGAAUUCUUUUCAGAACGAUUGGAGAUGUUAAAAGAUCGAUAUGGCGUUUUAUUGCUUCUUUAUAGCGUAAUUGUUACAAAAGGUGUCACUGAAAUCCGUUCUGAAAUGUCGGAUCCUUUGGAAUCAAUGAUUGAUUCUACAUAUGGUUAUGGAAAUCAAAGUCUUAUAAACUUGAUGCUUACUGGAAGAGCAGUCAGCCAUGUAUGGGAUCAUGAUCAAGAUAUUGGAGGCCUCAAAUUACGAGGGAUAGAUAAACAAAAUCCAGUAGGAUUUCUUGCUCUUCUUGAGCAUUUACGUUAUUGCGAAGUGGGAACUUUUCUAAAGUCUCCAUCACAUCCCAUUUGGGUGUUGGGUUCAGAAACUCAUUUGAGUGUGCUAUUCUCUACUGAAAAAAGGCUAGUCGGUCCUGAGACACCUGCAGAUCAAGCAAAGAGAGUUUUUAGAAAAUUCGAUCCUGAAGUAUACAAUUUUAUUUCUGCCAAUUUGUUACAAGAUGUUCUUGCUGAACUUGGAUUGGUCACAGAUGCAGAUUAUGUCAAUGUAAUGAGAAAAAAAUUGGACAGUGAAAAUUUGGGAAUUAUUUUGCGCGCUAAUUUUAUGGAUGAAUUCUUCCCUGAAGAAACACGUACUUGUCCAGAUACAUUUCCCUUGUACCAUUAUAAUGGUCUUCAACAUAGCAAUCCAGAAAAUAAAGUGAUCUAUCGCAAAGGCCAAGCGGUAUUGUUGGAGUGCACUAUCAAGGGUGUUAUGGAAAGUAAUCUCAUGUUAACAGUACUUCAAACAAAGUGGCCCAGAAUUGAAAUUCAGUGGGAUAACGGACAGAAUCCGAGCCUUAAUUAAUGAAUUUUGCUCAGGCUCUAUUUUUAACAACACUGUUGGAGUUCCUGUACAAGGAAACAAGUGACAAAAUUA